GUUUGUUUGAUAAAUAUUUGCUUAUUAGAUCCCAGAUAGCAAGUAAUGGUAGUUCAACACUGAAUUCUGAGUUUUGUGGUUGAAUUCUAAUAAUUGAAAUGUCAACGUUUAAUCCAGUGUUGUUCAACACUGGUCCUCACUGUCCUGCAAGUUUCAGGCAUUCCCCUAAUUCAGCACACAUGAUUUCAAUUGAUGGCUGAUAAACAGGGUUUUGCUGAUUUGCAGUCACCUGAAAACAUGCAGGUCAAUUUGACUUGAGGACCAGGGUUGUGAAAAAACUGGUUAUCAAAUUCGAAUCCAAGUACGCUGUUUCCCAUCCCCUACCAGGGAUUUAUCACGUUUUAAAUUAAGCACAGUACAUUUUCUUGUAUGUAAAUAUUAUUACUGACUGUUUGCACGUUUGUGUUGACACAAAAGCGUCUGCAAGUCAAUACAAGGACUGGAACUAGUGGUUUGUCCCAACCGUACAGCCACUUAGCUGCUGGCUUGUUUGCAACCGGCUUCAAGUUUGAAUUCUACUCCGAGUAUUUUUGUGCUGUGUUCCAUGACCCAAGGCCAUCUGACGACUUGUCCGGAGGGUAAUCCAAACAAGUACACGACUUGGAAACAGAACUGGCUUCUGCAGCAUCAGAACUGUGAUCUCAGGACCAGAACUCAGUGGUGGGUGACAAAGAUGAAGGCAGGAUGUGGAGAAAGACUUGACAGAGUGUCAUCCUGCACCGUUACAGUCACUGGCUACAUUGGACAGGAUGUCACUCUGCCCUGCAGUUAUGAUGUCCAAGCUAAUGGAGUCCUCGGUUUCUGCUGGGGACACGGGCAGGUGCCCCGAUCCAAAUGUAGCAACACAAUCCUCUCAUCGGAUCAUGGAGAUGUGACUUUCAGAGAGUCCCCCAGGUACCAGCUGCUGAGCCAGGUCAUGCAGGGUGACGUUUCCUUGACCAUCGUUAAAGCUCAGAAAACAGAUUCUGGGGUUUACGGCUGCAGGGUGGAGAUUCCUGGCUUGUUCAACGACCAAAAGAUCAACGUACACCUGACUAUGGAAGAAGCUCCUGUGGAAGAACUUGGUAUCCAAAGCUCAACAGAGGCUGUCACUGUGACAGUAAGCGAAGGCUCAAAAAUAGCAAAAAUUCAGAGUGCAACAAGUCAGGUAAAUUUUUCACUGCAUGAAAUUUUCAAACGCCUCUUAGAAGCAGAGAACAUUGGGAGGAUUGCAGUUAUCUUCUUCCUCACCAUAAUCCUAAUCCUCAUCCUCAUCAUCAGGAGGAAGGUCCUGAUGAAGAGGACGACACCUCAGCAGCUCAACAUCAUCGCAGCUGAAAAUAUUUACGAGAUCAUCCCUAUGACUAAGUGAUGCUCUGCAUCAGGGAAACAGAUACAACAGGUUUCUACUGACCUUAAGGCAUGUUUUAAAUCUCCCCAUUUUAAUUUUUAACAAUUUACCAGCUACUAUAAAUUAAAUGAAAAAUGUUUCUCAAUAGUAAACAAUAUUAUCACUAAAAUAGUACACGAUGUCCAACCAAUUAUUCCCAGAUAAAUGUUAAUCUGCUUGAAUUUAUUUGUGACCGACAUGAAACAACUGUGAUGGUUUACAGUUGUGGGCACAGUGCCACCUACUGGACAAACUACAUAAUGUUAUAAACAAUGAAACGACAGGAAAAGUGAUGUGCUUCUGUACUUCAUGUCGUCUCUUUUUUCUUCUUUGUUUACAUUUUAAAACUAUGAUUUCUUGAAUUGUAUCAACUAACUGCAUGGGAUUUUUUUUUUAUAUAAACAAUGGUGAAACUCGAAUUAACUGUAGCCUACAUAGAAAAAUGUAAGAAUUGAAAUAUGUAUUUAGUAUACGUGGUUCAAAGACUGCAAAUUAUCCGUAAACUUAUUUCGUCUGUGGACUUUUGAUUAGUGGUUUGGUUUUUAAUCUUUGCUGUAUUUUUGCUUUAGAGGAAUUUAAAUGAUGUUUCAUUACAUGUCUCUCCAUGAGUGAACAGGAUUCAGAAACAGUGUUGGAAUAACCACACAUUUGUACAAGAGGAAGCUGUCACAGCCUGCUGAAUAGUUUUGUCCACAUUCUAAGAAGUCCUUGGCUCAUUAAGUGGCCACUCUGUGUUUUUAACACUGUUUGUAAUUAACAGUAACAACUUGAGUAAAGUUUUGUCUAUGUAAACUUGAAUCCAACUUGUCUUUCUAAUUGAUUUAUGCACAAAGAAAAUUAAAGUUUUGCAAGUUU